CUCGCCAGGGUUCAGCGCCAAGUUCGGCACAUACUCUGUGCUGGAUCUCGAGACCACAAAGAUUGUUCAUUUCGAACUUGUGCAGUCUAAUGAGGUGGGCGGCAGUGGUCGCAUGGAGCUGGAGGGGCUAAAGAGAAGCCUCAGCUUUUUGGAGGCGAAAGGCUUGACCGUGGAGCUCCUCAUCACCGACCGUCAUGUACAAGGCAAAGCCUUCAUGAAGAAGGAAAAGCCCGAGAUUCGCCACGAGUUCGACGUGUGGCACGUUUCGAAAGGCAUCAAGAAAGAGCUUGUUGCGGCCAUGAGGAGCCCCACCUGUGCCGAGCUUGCGCUCUGGAGCAGACCAGUGCAGAACCACCUAUGCUGGGCGGCUGCUUCCAGCCAGGGAAAUCCGGACCUGAUUGUCCCUAAGUGGCUGUCCGUCCUAAACCACGUUCGGGACAUCCACAACCACACGGACGCCCGAUUUUCCUCCUGUGCCCACGGCGAGCUUGAGCCCAGAGAUUGGCUGUUUGAUGACUCUGUGGCCUUCGAAAAGCUUCAAGCCAUCGUAACCAAGCGAUACCUGCUGGCUGACUUGCCGAAACUCUCCACGCACUACCAGACAUAUACCGUGGAGGCGUUUCAUGGGCUCUUGAACCACUUCUGUCCCAAGUUAUGCCAAUACUCGUACAAGGGGAUGACGGCAAGAACCCAGCUGGCAGUCCUCCAUUUUAACGAAAAUGGCAACCGACCUCAAGCGUUGACAGAGGAGGGUGACAAGUGCUAUGACGUGAAGCACCCCAAGGCUAAUGGAGGGGAACCAGUGGCAGUCAAAAGAAAAGAGGGACGAACAUAUGACUACGUCAGGAGGCUCCUUGAUGUGGUCAGGGAUGGGGCCCAGAUGAAAACUCGAGGCGUCGUUCUGAUCACGCCUUCCGAGGAUCCACCACCACUCUGCAGCUCUGCGAGGAAAGUUCCGAAGGCGGUGCUGAUAGAAAGGCAUAAAACAAGGUUCAACAAAUAAGAUGUAUUCUGGAGUACCCUCAGUUCACUGGGCACCCGACUCUAGGAUUCUCAACCUGCAAGCCCUGCAACGUCGCAUCAUCUCGCCCAGUUGUUGCACGAGUGAUGUAUUUAUUUAUGGUACACCAGCUUUUCUUUCUGAUUGGGACCAGUGUGGCCUUUUUUUUUCUUGUAACUUUGCUUCAAUCCUGUUUGUAAAUUAGGAAAGGUUCACAUUUAUUAUGCACAUCUUCUGCCUUUCCUAAUUGGGAAUAUUUUUUUCUAUAAACCUUAAUGAAUUGAAAA